AUGACUGAAGGCGCACCAAAUGGCCCUGUCCCAAGCAGAUUGGUCUUCAUUCAUGAAAUACCAUCACUUCCUGCAGCGAGCAAGGUGAGAUUAUUAGGCUGUAUAGUGCAAUAUGAUGCCAUCAAAGGCCAGAUCCUUGUCGAGCAUGCGUAUCCUAGAAGUGCCAGCCCAAUUCCUCGACUUUGGGUCGACAUCAAUCUUGUCCUCGAAAAUGCGAAACCUACGCUCCUGGAACCAGGCACUUGGAUCAACGCAAUCGGGUACACGCGCUCUUCCGGGUGGCAGACCGGGAAAAAGAGUGGGAAGAAGCCGCAGGACCUAUAUGAGACUGUAUUCUUGCAGGCUGUCUUGAUUUGGGAUGCCACAGCUGUCAGGAUAGAAGAUUAUGAAGACAUUUUGGAGGAACAGAGGCGUGUACGGCGACAACUUGUGUCCAAUCGAAAUUCAUCUCAGAAUGAUUUCCAGACAGCACUAAAUAUGCGCCACAGACAAGAAGAUGCUGCACCGAUCGAUACGUAUUUCGAAGUUUGA